AUGCAGGACGAACAGUUCGAAUUUUUAGAAUGCUCUAUUUGCAGCGAAGAGAUUGUUGAAUAUGGUUCACCUUUUUCAUCGCAAUUUAAAAAGGGUGAAAAGCCUUGUAAGCACAGUUUUUGUUCAGGAUGUAUAAAAAGAUUAAUGGAGUUUUCAGAUGAAAAAAAGAAUAAAUAUUUGUGUCCAAUUUGCAGAGAAGAGUUUGAUGGAUUUAUUCAGUGUAAAACAUCUAAUGAUCUAUACACACAUGCAAGAUCAUUAAAAAGAGAGCAAAAGAUUUUAGAGGGUGAAAAUAUAAAAUUAAAUGAAUCAUUAAAUCAAGCUAAAAAUGAAAAUUUAAAUGAAAUAGAAGACAAUAGGAGAAGGAUACAGGAGUUAGAGGAUUUUAAAAAUAAACAUUUGAAAGAAAUAGAUAUAGCAAAAAGUAAAAUAAAAGAUUUAGAAACUGAAAUACAAAAAAAAGAACAGGAUAGGAUUCGAGAUUUAGAGAGUAAUUUAUUAAAGUUUGAUGGUCAACAGCAGCAAAUACUUUCAAUGACACAAAAUAAUAGAGAUCUAUCAGAAGCAAAUCAACAGUACUUUUCAAAAAAUACCGAGCUAAACAAUCAAAUCAAUUCAUUAUUUGCAAAGCUCCAGGAAUCCAAGCAAUCAAUUCAAAAUAGAGAUAAUCAAAUUGAAAAGAUUGAAUUUGAAAAAAGAGAAAUUCUAAAAAAGUUGGAAGGUAUUGAACAGUUUACCCAGCACAAAUUUAAUGAGCAUAAUUCAAUUUUACGUUCAAAAGAUAAUGAAAUUUCUGGUUUGGUAGAUAAUAAUAGAGCAUUAAAACAAAAAUUAGUAGAGUCCCAAGCAAGAUGCGAAGAUUAUAGAAAGAAUUAUGAAAUUCUUAAAGAUGAUUCAAGUAAUGGCUUUAAGAAAAAUAAGGAUUUGGAAGGUAUAAUUUCAUCACUUCGUAUAGAACUAAGUAGAUCACAAUCUGUAAUUGACAUGUUAAAUCAACAAAAGAAGGCACACGAAAAAUCUUUGGAAGAUGCCAAGUUAUAUCAGACCAGCAGAGGCAAUUCAUUUGCAAUUACCACACCAGCUAUUAUAAACACAACAGCAAAUAAAAUUUCAAAUGGUCUAGGUUAUUUUAUUGGUUCGAAACAAAACUUCAAUGAUAUUACCAAGCCAUAUAAAAGUUUUAAAAUUGAGGAAAAAAGAGGAUCAAAUAAAAACACUCAGGUUUUUAAAGUUUCAACAUCCUCUGGCAAUAAUUUUGUUAUAAAAUUAAUACCGAUGAAUUAUCCAAAAUCUGGUUCUGGUUACACAGCAGCAAUAUCAUCGCUUUAUAAUUAUUACACAUCAACUAUAACAGAGGAAGAUUUAUCAGCAUUCAGAGAGCCAAUGAUAUUAUACACUUUAAAUCAUAGCAAUAUAUUAAAACUAGAAUCAAUUACGAGAGAUGAUGGUGGCAAAUACUUUUCAGUACUUUCACCAUUCGUUCAAAAUGAUUUGGAGUACGUUCUACUUUCAAACCAAACCAACAACAAUAAAAUUUCACCCACAACUCUCACAUUUGCAAAUAUGAAAUAUAUUUUGUAUCAAUUAAUAUCAGCUGUUUAUUAUUUACAUAGUAGGGAUUUAGUACACAGGGAUAUUAAACCAACAAGUAUUUUGUUAUUAAAUGAUAAUCAACUUAAAUUAUGUAGCUUUGGUUUGGCUGCAUCAACUUUUUCAAAUUCCAGUUCAAUUUCAUUUCCAAAUUACCCUCCAUCUUCAUAUGGCUAUCUUUCUCCAGAGUUCAUUUGUAGUGUUCUCAUGCUUGAGAAAGAAAAGUUAUCUUUUUCAUCACCAUCAUCAUCUUCAGAUAUCGAUUGGAAAGCUUUCGACAUGUGGUCAAUUGGCUGUAUCUUUUUAGAGAUGCUAUUUAAAAACAAUUUAUUCAAAAUCGAUACCAGUGCUCUUAACAAUACCGAGGCUAUUAUGGGAUCACUUCAAGGUUUAUCAUUAUCAAAAACUACUCUUAGUAGCAUAUUAAAUAAUAUUUCCAAGUUUAAAGAGUCAUCACCAAAACCAAACAGCUCAAUUAUUAAAGAUAAACCAUUUUUAACAAAUAUAAUAGGUAAACCAGAAAAAGAUUUUCAAUCAUUAUUUAAAGAGUAUAUUAAAAAGAAUAACAUCAAUGGUUCAUCAAUUCAAGAAAACUCUUUGGAUGAACAUACCUCUAUGUCUAAUGAAGCAUACAGCCUUUUAUGUUCCCUUUUAUCAUUUAAUCCCCAAACUAGAAUUAAAUCACAACAUGCUGUUUUCCACCCAUUCUUUUCAAAUGAACCUUAUUAUAUUCCAGAAUCAAAUUCAGUUUUACCAAAUGUGUUGGAGGAUAUUUCUUCAUCUCUUACUGACAGAAAUAUUAGUGGAUUUAUUAAAGAAAAAUGUUCAAAUUUAAUUCAAAUAUAAAAAAAAAAAAAAAAUAUAAAUAAUUUUCCUUUUUGGAUUUUUUUUUUUUUACUACAACUUUUUUUUCUUAAUCCAUAGGGUAAUAAACAAAAUAAAAUAUUGAAUCUAUUUAAUUCAAAUGUAUUUUUUUAAAUUUUAAUUAAUACAAACU